GGAAUUGGGCGUGGCUUUAGGACCCAGCGGGAAGCAUCGAGUUCUCCACUAGCACCCGAUCACGGAGAAGUCGACGUCGUCGGGAGGUUGGAUCGAAAACUCAAGAGACGGGAAAUGGCUUCAGUCAGGUUUUACUAUGAGGUGUGGCAUUGAGGUACAUCUGUGGAAACAAUUCACUUGCAGUGAAGUGCUAAUCUUUUACCUUUGUUUACUGUUGGAAUGAAGCACGUGCGGCCCAGGACAGGUUGAGAUCAUCAAGUACACGAGUGCCCAUGGCCUCUGAAAAUUCUGGUGGCAUACAGUAUGCUCUCACUGCCCUGGGAGUUGGUAUGCUUGCACUGGGAAUCCUCAUGAUGGUCUGGAGUGUUGUGCCAGGAUUUGGUAAGGACCAUGAAACUCAAGGUGGGAACAGCAGCUCACCAAAUGCCGAAGAAUCCAAGCACAAAGUGUCCCAGGUGUCCUACAUAUUGUGUGCUGGAGGGGUAUUCCUGCUGCUGCUCUCAAUCUGUCUGAGUGUUCGUGAAAAGAAGAGGAGAAGAACACAGGAGGAAGUGGUGAACGUGCAGUCAGAAUCGUCCAUAUUACCAGAACGAGGGGUAGAUGACAACAACCGAUUGGCUGUGCCCAGCUACGAUGAAGUGAUGCAAGGAGAUGGUGUCCUCCCACAGGAGGGCUCUGGAACCAACCAAGCAGAGCAAAACAUGGCCUCGCUUCCUUCCUAUGAGUCGCUCGUUGAGGUUGGCCUGCCAUCGUCUUCAAACGAGGUCUCGAACGCAGGGGCCAUUGUGGAACAACCCAGUGAUGAGAGGGCUACAUCUCGUUUAGGGCGAAGAUUCAGCUCAAAAAAGAUUCGUCGGAUCCUUUCCGACAAAUCCCACCUCAAGAGGUUUAGACUCAACCUGAGCAAUACGAACAAUGCCGUGGUUAAUCUGGAGCCCCUCACCCCUCCCCCACAGUACGAGGAAGGAAUGGAGAAAAAUUUUGAGAAUAUAAAGCCAUCUUGAUCUACUGAUGUCAAGUCUACUGAUGGAAUAACUCUAAAUAUCAACUAUGUCCCUUGAGAAUCUGAUGGAUCCCAUCUGUGUGCCUGUUUUACAAAUGCAAAAAAUUAUGUACUGGGUGUCCUAGUUCCUAGAUUCACUGCUGCUUAGUGUCUCAAAGUCCAUCUACACAUUUUUCACAGUGUCAUUUGUACAUUCAGCUGGGAUCUAGAAUUAAUGGGUGGAAGAGCUGGAUGACUUGCUCUGCACCCGCAUUCCAUCCCCAGAUCACCUUUCCACCUUUGCUAUUUGCAUCUCAUGACCUCCUGCAUGGAGGCAGUUCAGCAGAGGUUUCUGAUCCCAUCUAAUAACUGUUGGUUUCUCUCCAGUAGCAGACAUCUGGUGGUGGUUGGCUUGUGUGGACUCGUUCCCAGUCCUUGCAUUGAAAUAGACUGCUGCCAUUUGAACAGUGGACCCUUGGGUGAGGUAUUGGAGUGUCCAGAGCCUCAACUCUUUGAAGGCUUGGGUUGGGGAUGGAAUUGAUCUGUGCUGUCGUCCCAAGCCCUCCCAUUACUCUGCUUGACAUUAAUUUUGAAUGAUUAGCCUCUUAAUAGUAUCAAUCCAGAAUCCUGUGAGGAAAGGAACUGCUAUUUUAAAAAAAAACUACCCCUUUCUGAAUUGUUUCUCUUCCAUAUAAUGAGUUUGGUUCAAAACAGGUUGAAAGGAUAACUUGUAUAUUAAGUAAGUUUCAGAAUAGGACCAGAAGUCUUAUAAAUAAUAAAUAAUAUCUUAAACAGUGCCAGCAGUGAUCUGCCCUCGAGCCUCGAUUUAAUGGAAAAUUCCAGACUGCGUAAUUUCAAAAGAAAUGCAUUCCUAUUCUCUGGAGGAGAAUUGAUGUUUGAUGCUUUUGUGGUUUGGGCACCAAGAGAACAGCCAAGCACCAACUGGCCUUGCUCACUGAGCAGCAUCAGUGUUUCAGGAUUCUGACAGCCAAAUGCUAGAGAAGUGGGUUUUGUGAUUCUGUAGUCAGUGGGGAUAUGACACAAAAGUGUCACAGUUGCUCAAUGUAAAACCAUUGAUCACUGAUUCUGACUUGGACGGUGAGCACUGAGCUCUGUCAUCUUCAGAGAAAACUGGACCCAAAUCCACCUGGAAUGAGACGAAAGAUCAAUGACGUUUUGGAGCAUUAACUGCUCUAAGUAUUAGUGGGAGCCUUGGCUGAGAUACAAACUUGCUGCUGCUCCAUUCUCGUAAAUGGAAAUUCACUAACGAAGUCAGAUUGCAAAGCAUGGUCUCUGACCAUGUUCGCAAUGUGAUGGGCUGGUCACUAAUAUGUAGAAAAAAAUCUAUUCCCUAAGAGCAUCACCCCCCUCUCUUCCACAGUCAUGCUUCCAGUCUUGUGUGAUGAAAGCUCAUUUAAAAUUAGCAAAAGGCUGUAUAGGGUAAUUAACAUUCAGUAUUGGAGGCAAUAGCAGGUUGGUUGUCCAUUGUGCACCUCUUCGUAUAUUCCCCAAACACUGUGGAUAGAAAAUGGCACUGGUUGAAUAUUCAGGCAGUUUCACAAUACAACAUUUAGCUAUGAUGUCUGAUGGCUACAUGGAUUGUUAAAUGCUUCAGAGGAAAUUAAAAUCUUUUGAUUAUGUGCAUUGUUAGCAGGAACAGUGCAUGUUGACUGUGCCCCUUGUCUCACAGGAAUCCUAAGCAUUUUCAAUAUCCUACUCAAUGACUGGGAACUGGUGGCCUCUUUUGGGGAGCUGUAAGAGGAAUGGGAAACUGCCAUUGUUGGACAGCAAGUUUUGGCCUUCAGUAUUCUCACAGGGUUGAUGUUGUGAACCUCUGAUAUCCGGGACUUGAAAGGGACAGAUCUGGCUCCAGGAAUAAUCAGCCAGUAAUUGCCAAUGGAACACUUCUUCCUGGAACUGUUACUGCACAUCCCUCGAAAUGGGGAAAAGCACCAGGGAAUUUUUUUUUAAUUCCACUGUCCUUUAUCUAAUUUUUUUUUCUUUCUACUAUCACAGUUUGAAGGGGGAUAAGAAUGAUGGAAGUGACUACAUUGCCAUUUUAGAAUAACUUCUCUUCCUAGUCAUUCCCAAAGCACCCAACCACAGUCACAUCACUACAGAGUACAGCACUCUGUCAGUCAUCUCCCACACACAAGUUGCAAAUAAUUGUUGAAAUUGGAGCUUUCAGCCAGUUUAACAUUUAAUAUUGAUGCACUUAAAGAAAAACCCACCUAUGAUGUUUCAUUUUAUGAUUCACUUGCCCCCUCAUGUUUCACUGUGUUACACUCCUGAAAAUGGUUUCCACCAAACAAGUUUGCACGGACAGGAUCUUGAACUGUCCCAUAUUUGUUUUAAUCAUUCAAUGACAAAAGUUCCAUGCACCACAACUGCGUUUUACUUGUUUUCUCUGAUCCAAUGACCUAGAUUUCUCGUUCACAUGUUAAUUAAGGUUCACUGAUCCAAGUCUCUGAUCCUUGAUGUUUGAUACUCUUUGACUAGCAACUGCUAAGAAUUCCAUUUUUAUGAUUGGUAUUUUUAAUUCACUACUUAGUCCUGUUAUAUCUAUAGUUCUGUAAAAUAACACAAAGAUUUCAAAUUAUUUUUAACAUUCAGUAUAAUGCCUCCUGGGAAAUUGGUGUCUUAUUUUGAGAACUGGUUGAGUUGAUGGAAGGGAAUUGGGAGCAUUGGCCGGCAAGCUUUGGCCAUUGUUCUUGCAGGUGUGGCAGACUGUCUUUGACCAUUUGGAUCCUGAGUGCCUGCUCAAUGUCAUUUUAAAGGCCGUGUGCAUGCUCCAUAUGUAAUCAACUGGUGAAUAUCACUGGUGCACCUUCUGGGAAAAUGAGACUAUUGCUGUGGAGGGAGGACCUGCUGCAACUAGGGAUAAGGGUAAGAGACAAUGUUUCACCUUGGGAUGUAGAAGAAAAGUCGUAGACUGAAUAGUGGAGCAAGGUUUCUAGAUUUUCUCCUCCUUGGAAUAUUCUCCUUGUCUCCAAAUAUACAAGUCAUUCACAUUUAAAGUUUACAUACUACACAGUUGAGGAAAAAUUCUUCAUUUACAUUAGUGACUGGAGCACUUUCCCUGUUCCAAAGUAAUAAGUUGUUGCUUGUGUACUCUGCAACCUAAAUCUUCCUUAACUGUUUUCUGAUGUACUCCAUCUUGUGCUAGCAUGGCAUUACUCUCCUGGUCUAAACUACAACUCUCAUUUCCCACUAAUAUUCCUGGUGAAGUUCCACUGAUGGGUGACAAUCCAUUCAAUCCAACCCUCUGCAGGCAGUGUUCAUAGGACUGUAAAGCCAGCCUCUGGAGGUUUAUUGAUGCCGGUUUAAUUUGGAAUGCUGUUUUGUACUGAACUCUUAACUGAGCAUGGGUGAAUUAAAUUAAUGUUUUAAAAUGAUUGCAGAUGGGAAAAAGUUUCGGUUUUGUUUUAGUUUAUUUAUUCAGUAAUAAAAAAAUUGUAU